AUGCAAGUGGUGUGGCUGGAUUCCGCGACAAACCAAGCCCAGCGCAUUCUGCUCCUCCAUGCCGCGGAAUUGCCUGGGGUGACCACCGUCGAGUCGAUGAAGAAGGCCCUGGCCACCAAGCUGCAGCAAGAUAACGUCGUCCGCAGGACGCUCCGGCUGCAUGGUCAUCAAUUGUCGCCAGGGGACUUGGAAGCAUAUGCGUCAUACUUUCAUGCGAACAUUCCCCGCUUUGUGAUUUCGUACAAGCUCGCGCCCCCCCCAACAAUGGGGACAAAUGUGUGCAGUGAGAUAGAGCAUCAGGCGGGGAUUCCACAAGACCAACAGCGCUUAAUCUAUGGAGGGAAGCUGCUCGAACGAGAACGGAUGCUCAUGGACAAUGGGAUCAAUCGCGAUUCCAUUUUGCAUGUGUUGCCGAGAUUGAGGGGCGGUGGCUACCCCACGAUGGUGGCAGCACCACCGUGGGCCAAGUUUGCCGAUGUGUCGAACGACGGCGUUUUAACAUUCAAGCUGGACUGA